AUGGGGACGGCGCUGCUCCGGCGCGGGGGCUGCUUCCUGCUGUGCCUCUCGCUGCUGCUGCUGGGCUGCUGGGCGGAGCUGGGCAGCGGCCUGGAGUUCCCCGGCGCCGAGGGCCAGUGGACGCGCUUCCCCAAGUGGAACGCCUGCUGCGAGAGCGAGAUGAGCUUCCAGCUGAAGACGCGCAGCGCGCGCGGCCUGGUGCUCUACUUCGACGACGAGGGCUUCUGCGACUUCCUGGAGCUCAUCCUGACGCGCGGCGGCCGCCUGCAGCUCAGCUUCUCCAUCUUCUGCGCCGAGCCCGCCACGCUGCUGGCCGACACGCCGGUCAACGACGGCGCCUGGCACAGCGUGCUCAUCCGCCGCCAGUUCCGCAACACCACGCUCUUCAUCGACCAGGCCGAGGCCAAGUGGGUGGAGGUCAAGUCCAAGCGCCGGGACAUGACCGUGUUCAGCGGCCUGUUCGUCGGCGGGCUGCCGCCCGAGCUGCGCGCCGCCGCGCUCAAGCUCACGCUGGCCUCGGUGCGGGAGCGCGAGCCCUUCAAGGGCUGGAUCCGCGACGUGAGGGUCAACUCCACGCAGGCCCUGCCCGUGGACAGCGGCGACGUGAAGCUGGACGACGAGCCGCCCAACAGCGGCGGCGGCGGGAGCCCGUGCGAGGCGGCUAAGUGUCCAGCCGACGUCCUGGCGUCUGGCUCUCCGCCUCCUCCCCUCCCACGGCUCGUCCCGUGGCAUCCUCUUAGUGGCCGAGCUGCCACGUGUCCAGGUUCAGUUUCCUCCCGGGAGCCCUUUCUACCCGCCCUGCUGCCGACCACGUGGCCAGUAGGACAACCUGGGCUCCCCAUUGCUUGGGUUCUUUGCCAGGCUGCUCCCCAUUUUCAUCGGGCCGUGGCCCACCCGAGUAACCGCUGUGCUCUCCUCUGCCACCUUGAAGCCCCUAAUGCACAGGUUUCCCCCAUUAGAUGCACUCAAGCAUCUAGAAGAUUGGACACGCAUGUGGUGAAGCGUGAAGUGCAGAACGGGGUCACCAUGGCUGGGAAUCUCCACUGUGUUUCUCCAGUGUUACUACAUGACAGUGAUCAAGGAAAAUAUUGUUGUAUAAAUACAGAAAAGCCUCUGACAGAGAAAGACAACAAUGUGGAAGGUCUGGCGCACCUGAUGAUGGGCGACCAAGGUAAAAGUAAAGGAAAAGAAGAAUACAUUGCCACUUUCAAGGGAUCUGAAUACUUCUGCUACGACCUGUCUCAAAACCCCAUUCAGAGCAGCAGCGAUGAAAUAACUCUGUCCUUUAAAACCCUUCAAAGAAAUGGACUGAUGCUUCACACUGGGAAAUCAGCUGAUUAUGUCAAUCUUGCCCUGAAAAAUGGAGCUGUCUCUCUGGUCAUUAAUUUGGGAUCAGGGGCGUUUGAAGCACUAGUGGAGCCCGUGAAUGGAAAGUUUAAUGAUAAUGCCUGGCAUGAUGUCAAAGUCACCAGGAAUCUGCGUCAGCACUCAGGCAUUGGACACGCUAUGGUAAACAAACUACAUUGUUCGGUGACAAUAUCAGUGGAUGGGAUUCUUACCACAACGGGCUACACGCAAGAAGAUUACACCAUGCUGGGGUCCGAUGACUUUUUCUAUGUCGGAGGCAGUCCCAGCACAGCAGACCUUCCAGGGUCCCCAGUCAGUAACAACUUUAUGGGCUGUCUCAAAGAGGUUGUAUAUAAAAAUAAUGAUGUAAGGCUGGAAUUAUCUCGACUUGCCAAGCAAGGAGACCCUAAGAUGAAGAUCCAUGGAGUAGUGGCGUUUAAAUGUGAGAAUGUUGCAACUUUGGACCCAAUCACCUUUGAAACCCCAGAGUCUUUCAUCUCUUUGCCUAAAUGGAAUGCAAAGAAAACAGGCUCCAUAUCCUUUGAUUUCCGCACAACAGAGCCGAAUGGCCUCAUCUUAUUUAGCCACGGCAAGCCGCGACACCAGAAAGAUGCCAAGCACCCACAGAUGAUCAAGGUUGACUUCUUUGCCAUCGAGAUGCUGGACGGCCACCUCUACCUCCUUCUAGACAUGGGGUCAGGUACAAUAAAAAUCAAAGCCCUGCAGAAGAAGGUGAAUGACGGAGAAUGGUACCACGUGGACUUCCAGAGAGACGGCCGGUCAGGCACCAUUUCGGUGAACACCCUGCGCACGCCCUACACCGCGCCCGGCGAGAGUGAGAUCCUGGACCUGGACGACGAGCUGUACCUGGGGGGCCUGCCGGAGAACAAGGCCGGCCUCGUCUUCCCCACCGAGGUGUGGACCGCCCUGCUCAACUACGGGUACGUGGGCUGCAUCAGGGACCUGUUCAUCGACGGCCAGAGCAAGGACAUCCGGCAGAUGGCCGAGGUCCAGAGCACCGCCGGCGUGAAGCCCUCCUGCUCCCGGGAAACGGCCAAGCCGUGCCUGAGCAACCCCUGCAGGAACCACGGCCUGUGCAGGGACGGCUGGAACAGAUACGUCUGCGACUGCUCGGGGACCGGCCACCUGGGCAGGUCCUGCGAGAGAGAGGCGACGGUUUUAAGCUAUGACGGGAGCAUGUUUAUGAAAAUCCAGCUCCCCGUGGUAAUGCACACAGAGGCUGAGGACGUGUCCUUACGGUUUCGAUCUCAGCGCGCAUAUGGCAUUCUCAUGGCCACCACCUCUCGGGACUCAGCAGACACGCUGCGCCUGGAGCUGGACGCGGGGCGCGUGAAACUGACGGUCAAUCUAGAUUGUAUCAGGAUUAACUGUAAUUCCAGCAAAGGUCCCGAGACCCUUUUUGCCGGCUAUAACCUCAAUGAUAAUGAAUGGCACACAGUGCGUGUGGUUCGUCGAGGAAAAAGUUUAAAGCUAACGGUGGAUGACCAACAGGCCAUGACAGGUCAAAUGGCAGGCGAUCAUACCAGGCUGGAGUUCCAUAACAUAGAGACUGGCAUCAUCACGGAACGGCGGUAUCUGUCCUCUGUCCCCUCCAACUUCAUCGGACACCUUCAGAGCCUGACAUUUAAUGGAAUGGCCUACAUUGACCUGUGUAAAAAUGGUGACAUAGAUUACUGUGAGCUCAAUGCCAGGUUUGGCUUCCGGAACAUCAUAGCCGACCCUGUCACCUUCAAGACCAAAGCUAGCUAUGUGGCCUUAGCUACACUGCAAGCCUACACGUCUAUGCAUCUUUUUUUCCAGUUCAAGACAACAUCCCUAGAUGGACUCAUUCUCUAUAACAGUGGGGAUGGAAAUGACUUUAUUGUGGUUGAAUUAGUUAAAGGGUACUUACACUACGUGUUUGACUUGGGAAAUGGUGCUAACCUCAUCAAAGGGAGCUCAAAUAAACCUCUCAAUGACAAUCAGUGGCACAACGUGAUGAUAUCAAGGGACACCAGCAAUCUCCACACUGUAAAGAUUGACACGAAGAUCACAACGCAGAUCACCGCGGGAGCCAGGAACUUGGACCUCAAGAGUGACUUGUAUAUAGGAGGCGUGGCGAAAGAAACCUACAAAUCCUUGCCCAAACUCGUCCACGCCAAGGAGGGCUUUCAGGGCUGCCUGGCAUCAGUGGAUCUAAACGGACGGCUUCCGGACCUCAUCUCAGAUGCCCUUUUCUGCAAUGGACAGAUUGAGAGAGGAUGUGAAGGGCCCAGCACGACGUGCCAAGAGGACUCGUGUUCCAAUCAGGGCGUGUGCCUGCAGCAGUGGGACGGCUUCAGCUGCGACUGCAGCAUGACUUCCUUCAGCGGGCCGCUCUGCAACGACCCUGGGACAACGUAUAUCUUUAGCAAAGGUGGUGGACAAAUCACGUAUAAGUGGCCUCCUAACGACCGGCCAAGCACGCGAGCAGACAGACUGGCCAUUGGGUUUAGCACUGUUCAGAAAGAAGCCGUACUGGUGCGAGUGGACAGUUCUUCUGGCCUGGGGGACUACCUAGAGCUGCAUAUACACCAAGGAAAAAUUGGAGUUAAAUUUAAUGUUGGGACAGACGACAUCGCCAUUGAGGAGUCCAAUGCAAUCAUUAACGAUGGGAAAUACCACGUGGUCCGCUUCACGAGGAGCGGCGGCAACGCCACGCUGCAGGUGGACAGCUGGCCCGUGAUCGAGCGCUACCCCGCAGGAAACAAUGAUAACGAGCGCCUGGCGAUUGCUAGACAGCGAAUUCCAUAUCGACUUGGUCGAGUAGUUGAUGAAUGGCUACUCGACAAAGGGCGUCAGCUCACAAUCUUCAAUAGCCAAGCAACCAUAAUAAUUGGCGGGAAAGAGCAGGGCCAGCCCUUCCAGGGCCAGCUCUCUGGGCUUUACUACAAUGGCUUGAAAGUUCUGAAUAUGGCAGCCGAAAAUGAUGCCAACAUCGCCAUAGUGGGAAAUGUGAGACUGGUUGGUGAAGUGCCUUCCUCUAUGACAACUGAGUCGACAGCCACUGCCAUGCAGUCGGAGAUGUCCACGUCCAUUAUGGAGACCACCACGACCCUGGCCACGAGCACAGCCAGAAGAGGAAAGCCCCCUACGAAAGAACCCGUUAGCCAGACCACAGAUGACAUCCUUGUGGCCUCAGCAGAGUGUCCCAGCGAUGACGAGGACAUUGACCCCUGUGAGCCGAGCUCAGGUGGGUUAGCUUCGAACUCUAAGCCCUCAGAGCAGCCACUGACUGCCAGUGAGGAGCAGAAGCCUAGCACUCCUAUCUCAGCAGACGGCUUGGGAGAUCCAGACCUCCUUCCUCUACCUCCACCCCACCAUCAAAAUUUUCAGCCUCCAGAAUCCUCUUUCAUCAGCACCACGGGCAUGGUGGUGGGCAUCGUGGCGGCCGCGGCGCUCUGCAUCCUCAUCCUGCUCUACGCCAUGUACAAGUACCGCAACCGCGACGAGGGCUCGUACCACGUGGACGAGAGCCGGAACUACAUCAGCAACUCGGCGCAGCCCAACGGCGCCGUGGUCAAGGAGAAGGCGCCGGGCGCCAAGGGCGCGGCCAAGGGCAAGAAGAACAAGGACAAGGAGUACUACGUGUAGGGCCGCGCCCGCGCCCGCGCCCGCGCCUUCGACGGAGCACCCCCGGGCGGGAUGCGGGCGCAACCCAGGCCGUUUUUAACAAAUCCAAACCAGUAUCCCAUGCUCUUGUUUCUCCAAAAAAGAAAAAAAAGAAAAGGGAAAAAAAUGCAGACACAACAGAAACACAGGGGCCAAUAAAUUCCCUCACCUCCACAGUGUUUCAUUCACUCUGCCUGUCUUUAUGUUGCUGGAACAUUCCUAAAAGACACAGAUGACCGCACGCAUUCAUAAAGCGAGGGAGGACUUCGGCGUCGAGGCACCGCGCGGAAACGACACGGAGCGCAGCGCGGGGAAGC